GAAAGUUUCCCACUGCGUCUGUUUGUCCUGCAGGUGAAGGUGCAGUGAGCUCCGUUCAGCUCAGUCACAUAAAACUUAUUAGGCACUGACUGCAGGCUUCUUCUCAAAGUCUCUUGGUUCCUGUUCCGACAGUCCCGGUCAUGCAGCUUCUGUUUCUUUCGUGCGUAACGGCGGUGCUCGCCUCCUCCUGCCUGCUGUCCGAGGCGCGCGUCGCCAAGCGCUUCGCCAUCGACUGUCCGGAGAGAUGCGACAAGUCCCAGUGCCCGCAGAUCCCCGCGGACUGCCUGGCCGGCGACGUGCUGGACAGCUGCAACUGCUGCCCGGUGUGCGCGUCCGGCGAAGGCGAGCAGUGCGGCGGCCCCGGCGACCAGGACUGCGCAGAGGGCAUGGAGUGCACGGUGACCGACGGCGUGGAGGUGUCCGCCACCGUGAGGCGGAGGGGCAAGUCCGGCGUGUGCGUGUGCAGCAGCGCCGAGCCGGUGUGCGGCAGCGACGGCGUGUCCUACCGGAACAUCUGCGAGCUGAAGCGCGUCAGCAACCGGGCCACGAAGCUGCAGCAGCCGCCGGUCAUCUUCAUCCAGAGAGGAGCCUGCGGGAAGGGUCAGCCGAACCUCGACAGUCUGAGGUACAAAUACAACUUCAUCGCCGACGUGGUGGAGAAAAUCGCUCCCGCUGUCGUUCAUAUUGAACUCUUCCGCAAGAUGAUAUUUUCUAAGAGGGAGGUGGCCGUCGCGAGCGGCUCUGGUUUCGUUGUUUCUGAAGACGGGCUGAUCGUCACCAACGCCCACGUGGUCGCCAAUAAGCACAGAGUAAAGGUGGAGCUAAAGAGCGGCGCCACCUAUGACGCUAAGAUCAAAGAUAUAGACGAGAAGGCCGACAUCGCCCUCAUCAAGAUCGACGUACCGACGAAGCUGCCCGUGCUGCUCCUUGGUCGCUCUGCGGACCUCCGCCCCGGAGAGUUCGUGGUCGCCAUCGGCAGCCCGUUCUCCCUGCAGAACACCGUCACCACCGGGAUCGUCAGCACCACCCAGAGAGGGGGCAAGGAGCUGGGCCUCCGCAAUUCAGACAUGGAUUACAUCCAGACGGACGCCAUUAUCAACUACGGAAACUCAGGAGGGCCAUUGGUCAAUCUGGACGGGGAGGUGAUUGGCAUCAACACUCUGAAGGUCACUGCCGGGAUCUCCUUCGCCAUCCCAUCAGACAAGAUCAGACAGUUCCUGGCAGAGUCACACGACCGGCAGGCCAAAGGGAAAACAUUACCAAAGAAGAAAUACAUUGGUGUCAGAAUGAUGAGUCUCACUCCGUCGCUGGCAAAGGAGCUGAAGGAGAGGCAUUCGGACUUCCCCGACGUCACUUCAGGGGCGUACGUCAUCGAAGUCAUCAGCCGAACUCCAGCUGAGGCAGCUGGCCUGAAGGAGACGGACGUCAUCAUCAGCAUCAACGGGGAUCCCGUCACCUCGGCCACCGAUGUCAGCAACGCCAUAAAGCGGGACGACAAGCUGCGGACGGUGGUGAGGCGGGGAAACGAGGACGUCAUCCUAACCAUCAUCCCCGAGGAGAUUGACCCUUGACCUCUCAGUUAGCAGAGCAGCCAAUCAGCAUGAGAGCUGAAGCAGUCAACCAAUCGUGAGCUGGCUCUCAGAGCUUUUCGGCCAAUCAUGAACACUUUGAAUGAAACGAGCAUCCAUUGGAGGGUGUGUGUGAGGCUGCGGCUGUAGAAAUUCCCUUUUUUUCUCUAAAUCCCUUCUCCCACACUGAGAGGCUCAUUACUCCUCAGACUGAAGCUUCACAAUGUCAUGUUAGCCCUUUUACUAAUCUCCAUUUACCUUCCGUCAUCUCUCAUCUUCUAUAGCCUAACACCUGUUGUACAGAGAGGUUACUGCAGGUCAUCGUAGUUCACCAUGUACUGUAUAUUCAUGUUCACGAGGGAAUAUUUUGUUAAAGUGUUUUCUCUUUGUGUUUGAUGACAAUGUUGUCAAAAAGGAGAAUAAAAUUAUUUUUGAAAAAA